AUGGAAGAAAUUGAACACAAGUUGGUGAACGUGGGAGCUCUCAAACUCCACAUAGCUGAAAUUGGAACAGGUCCAAACGUCGUCGUAUUCCUCCACGGUUUCCCUGAGAUAUGGUACUCCUGGCGCCACCAGAUGAUUGCCCUCGCCUCUGCCGGAUUCAGAGCUAUCGCCCCCGAUUUCAGAGGCUACGGGUUGUCCGAUUCACCACCUCAACCCGAAAAGACUAACUUCUCUCAUCUUCUCCACGAUCUCCUAGCAAUUCUCGAUGCUCUUUCUCUUUCCAAGGUGUUCAUUGUUGGAAAAGAUUUUGGAAGUCGUCCUGCAUAUUUGUUUUCCAUUCUGCACCCAGAAAGGGUCUUGGGAGUUAUCACUUUGGGAGUUCCAUAUGUUCCACCACGCCCUGCACUGUAUGAUAAAGUCCUCCCUGAAGGUUUCUACAUUUUUAGAUGGGCGGUACCAGGAAGAGCAGAGGCUGAUUUUGGACGCUUUGACGCAAAAACUGUUGUUCGAAAUGUUUACAUCCUUUUCUCAAAGAGCGAGAUACCAAUAGCUGAUGAAAACCAGGAGAUAAUGGAUUUGGUUGCACCUGAUACCCCUCUUCCGUCUUGGUUCACUGAGGAGGAUCUUGCAACAUACGGAGCUUUGUAUGAAAAAUCAGGAUUCCGAACUGCAUUGCAGGUUCCUUACAGAUCAUUUGGUGAAGACUUUAACUUGUCGGAUCCUGUAGUCAAAGUUCCAGCACUCCUGAUAAUGGGCGGGAAGGAUUAUGUUUUCAAGUUCCCAGGGAUUGAGGAUUUAACAAAAGGUGAAAAGGCGAAAGAGUUUGUUCCUAAUCUGGAGAUAACAUUUAUUCCAGAGGGAACCCAUUUUGUGCAAGAACAAUUUCCCGAACAGGUGAAUCAGCUCAUCCUUGCCUUCCUUGCCAAGCACAUUUGA